AAUAUAAUUAUCUUGGUUAGAUCUAUUAUAAACUAGAUCAAUUUAGGUUUUCUGAUUAUUUUAAAAGCAAUACUUUUAGUAUUGUAAAUCAGCUUAUUUUCUCGUAAUGACGGAGAUUCAUUAGCUUGGUAAUUAGAACAGCAUUGUGACAACCCAUUUACACCAUCAUUUACAACACAAAUUAAGAACUUUAAAGAGAAUUAAUCUUACAAAAGCUUUGAUGCCAUUUUCAUUAGAUAAGUAGCAUUUAUUAAUAUAGGUCGUGUCAUCAAAGUAAAAUCUUUUAAACAUGUUUCCCGGCCAGGAUUUAUCUAAUACGAUAAUAUUUUCUAGUUUCAGAUCCAAUGGGACCAGGAUAUAAGACUGAUGAUUGUUAUUUCUAUUACAACUCAAUCUGCUCCAAGGGAUAUGAUUGCCCUUACAGACACGAAGCGGCGGCAAGGGGAUCCGACGUGACAUGCUACUAUUGGCAGACCGUUGGAUGCACCCGACCUAACUGUUCAUUCAGACAUUCGGAGUUGUCCAACCCUGCUCAGGGUGCUUAUAGACAUACGGAGCUAUCCAACCCAGCUCAGGGUGAGAGGAGUAGUAAGCAAUGUUUCUGGGAACUGCAAUCAAUGGGCUGCCAGAAAACUCAGUGUCCCUUCAUGCAUGUUAAACCAAGGCAUCACCAGAUACAGACUGAAGGUGUGAAGCACCCUGAUUGUGGAAGCAUAAUUGUAAAUAAGAAGAAACUAGAAGAUCUGCAGCAGAUACUACCUGUUCAUGUUGUACCCUCAGAAACUGCAGAGAAGAAUAAACCUAGGAGGGUUGUUGUACCACCAGGAACUGGAGGGUUGGCUAGGAGAGCUGUAACCGGAGGGAUAAAGAAACGGUUGGGAGUACUAGGCCUGGUAAAGAAUAGACUUGGAUCUAAAGGAGAAGAGAUAAACAAUACUAGAGAAUCCUCUCCGGAUUUAGGGGAGGAGAGCUUGGAAGAGAUAGAAUUGAGGAAUACCGCGAUUAAAACCAUUGAUCUUAGAAACAGAUUAGAUACCAAGGAAUCCGUCCGAUCUCCCUCUCCGAAAAUAAAUUUUCGUCCGGCUGUGAUAAAGAUGAAAAAGUCCAAGAAGUCCAGGAAGGAAAGCACAAAGCACGAGGAAAAGACCAAGAAAAAGAAGAGAAAUGAAAUGUUGAGAAUCAGCGAAAAUGAAGAAUUUUUAAAAUUUACAGAGAAGGACGUUGUGAGCUCUAGGUUUAUCAGAACUCGUCCUGAACUAGAUCUUCCAUCUGCCAGUGAUUACUCAGACCUAGAUACACCCCAUGGAUCUCCAGAUCCUGAGCUUAUCUCGGUUAUAAGUCGAACCAACGGUAUGCAUGCCGAUACUAGGAUCUUCAGUAAGAGUGCCAAAGCAAGGCUGGGAAAACGUAAGGCAGAUACAAGUGUUGACAGUUUGACCAAGUCAAAGAUUCUCCAGGUACCACGAACAACUGAGAAGGGUUUAGAUGUGCAGAGGGUAGAGAGGAGACCAGUAUCCUAUGCUGCCAGAGUAUUCGGAGGACUAGUAUCUUCAAAGAAGUUGGAGAAUGAAAGUGAACCUGUUGAAACCAAAACUAUCCGUCUAGUCGAUAAGGACGAGGAAUCCUCAACUGAAGAUCUCCUUCCAGCCAAAUCUAUCUCAGUUAGCCCGGGGAAAGUUUCGAAAAAAGAGAAAAAUAGGGAAAAGUCGAAACUGAGAAAGCGGUCAAUUUCUCAGGAGUCGGAAAACAACCCAAGCCCAAAAAAGAGAAAGAAAGAGAAGAAGCCCAAGAAAGAAAAGAAAGCAGAGAGAAAAGGGAAAUCUGAGAAGGGUGAGAAGAAGAUGAAGAAAAGUAAAGAAGGGAAGAAGAGAAGGAUUAGUAGGGAUAGCAGUAAAUCUCCAAGUCCACCACCUGGAGUUCAUCGAGCACUAUCCUCAGAUAAAUUAAGACCAGAGGACAAUAAAGUGAAGGCUGAUGAGGCUGAGUUGGAGGAAGAAACGAAGGCUGAAAACACUGCAGGGAGGGGAGAAGAGGAUAUCAUGAAACAAUUCGAGGAUUUUAUAAAUGAAUAAAUCUUAGUACCACACUUCCUGAUCCUAGUCGGAAUAUGAAGGAUCAUUAAACUGUUAAGUUGUUUCACAUGCAUAGCAAUGCCAAUGUUCAGGGCAUUGUUUAAAUUUAAUCAAAGUGCACAAAGCACUAUUAGUCCAAAGUUCAUUUGUGCCUUGUGAAGAAAUAUAUCUUGCUUAACAACCCAUGUAAACAUUUGUAAAGCUUAGUAUUCAAUUUUUAUGUGUCACAUUUAUCAUUGAAAUGGAGACCGCUGACCAGUGGAAUCCUGUGAAAAAGAAA